GUGUGUGUGUGUGUGUGUGUGUGUGUAUGUAUGUGUGUGUGUGUGUGUGUGUGUGUGUGUGUGUGUGUGUGUGUGUGUGUGUGUGUGUGUGUGUGUGUGUGUGCCCUCUAGCGGCUUGUUACGGUCUCACGUUUUGGACGCCCGUGUUCCAGAAUUUAAUAUGGACCUCUCAAAUUCCCAUGUCAUGAUUCCGGCAUCCAUGUCGUUCUCAGGUGGUAUCAUAGCCUAGAACUGUAUCUGAUGAUGGUCCCUCUGUAAAACUAGCGGUAACUGUUAUUUACCUAAACACUAAAACAUAUCAAAUUGCAGCUCGAAAGUCACAUUGCACUGUCUGCUUCACUCAUAAGCAAGCUGUGGUGUUCAUUCAUCGCCACACCCAUGUCAGAGGUCAAGCUUUGACCUUUCAACAGGUUGACUCACAAGGUAACGCAGAAACCUGUGAUCCCGCGACUGAUCAGCGCUGGGAUAUCUCUAACACUACCGUCCGCGAUUUGUGCUCCUCAGGUGGGAAUAUUCGCACGGUAUAGAUUCUACACCUCCCAGGAAGGUUUGCCACUAUACGUGUUAAGUUAUUAGUAAUAUUACUUAAGUAUUUUUCAUACUGGAAAGCAUGUGCUUCCUUGACUGCUAACACUUUUCUACUCUGAGUCCCUGACAGUGACAAAGGCUUUCUAUUAUUGAAUGCUCCAUUACGUUCGGAAUUCACCAAAGUAUUGCUCCUAAAGUAGUUUGUUUAGGUAUAAAGAUACAUGUACGUGUCAUGGAGAGGUAGUUGGUGGAGUAACUACUAACAAGUAAGAUCGGGUUAUCCACUACAGUGGGCCCAUUUGUUAUGCUUAUUGGUGGGCCCGGGUGAAAUUACCUGUUCCUGUCAUCUUGCAUGUCUUGAGGCACUAAAUUUCCACCAGACGGCGAUCGCGCUGCGCUCUCACUGUGACCUAAAUAGAAUAUGUGUGUCCUUCGAAUUCGCUUUCACACGGGGUAUAUCAUACAGCAUGUAACAGUGUGAUCGAGAAGACAAAACAUACAAAGUGUAAAAAGAUUCGUUUCUUUUCUAUACAAUUCGUUGAGCAAUCUGUCAAAUUUUAGGUCGAAGAGAGACCGCGGUGAGAGCGCUGUCCUGGUGGAAAGGGAGUAUAAAGAAGGAUACCCAUUUUGUCUCAAGUCAAUUAGUGAAAGACAGGUGAAAAAGGUUAGAGUGCAUCUACAGUAACACACCGCGACUGACACGUUCAACCGGUUAGACUGCAUUUGCAGGUCACCGCUGCGCAUGCAAGCUUGAAGAUCUCUCCAAUUUUGUGUCACAGGUGGAAACCUAUUUACUGUGCAUAUUCUAGGUGAAGGAAGGAAGGAUGCCUUCCGUCGCGAUCGCUAGCUGUGAACGGGGCUUGAAAAGCUUCAAAGUGUACAAGUUAUCACACAAAUAAGUAGCUAUUAUCUUAGCAAACAUGUGCUGAUGUCUCCUCCGCUUUUAUUUAUACAUGUACAUGUACAUGUACAUGUACAUUUGUAUAUAAAACGACCAGAACCCCAUUCUCAAGGGAUUCUUCUGGUUUUCAAAACGGCGAUGCACUGGAAUGUGACUAAAAUCCCGGUUUAGUGUAUUUGGGGGAAAUACAUGUAACGUUAUGUGUCAAGAAAAUUGGUGGACGCUACAGCGUCGCAGUAUGACUGAAAAUAUUUAUUGCUAGCUUGUGUUUACACAGACUGGGGUAAAUGAGGGGGUGGUUACUGUCGGGCUAGGAGCGCGAUUUAGUCAGGCUAGGAUUAUUGCAACGUAGUUGAGACAGACCGUACUACGACGGCAACUACGACGUACUUGGGAAAGUGAAGUCGUAUUGGAGCCAGUUCGUGUGAACGGCACCGUACGUAGUUCGCCAAAGUACGUCGUUCCUUGUUAAACUGUGUCGUAGUUGGUUGACGUACGUCGUAGUUAAGUUUUCACCGGAGUAGAAAAUCAUAUAUAACGAGACCAUAGCUCAUCCAUAUUUGUCGCAUUUGCGCUAACACGUACAACGUAUUACAUUGCAUCUGACAGCAAAUGUCCUAAACGUGUGCUGCUGUUUCAGAUCCCUGAGCAUUAUACAGGUUUCUGGGUGUCGGCCUUCGUCGUCUACUGUGUGCGGCUUUGCUAACAAUGGCGGCUAUUAUCAGACUGAGUGUUGCGUCUGUGGCGAUGUUACUGAUUUCCAUGACGACGUUGAGGUUUAGCCCUCCACUAUUGCUGAACUGGGGACAGGACGCUACAGGCCAUCAGGAUGUUCCAAAGCCGGUAUUUAAAGUUUCCCUCACGAAACCCCCAGUUAGUCCUGGCCUCAUCGAACCAGCCGUCAAACCUUGCCUCCCCAAGGAGCCUCUAAUCGACCAGGCCACACACCCAAAAUACACGAAAGUCGUCGUCUUGGACAGAGAAUCGCUGUAUCACCAAGGAGAUGUCCUUACCGCGAGGGUGGUGGCAAGAGACAAGGAAGGAGGGCCGAAGACGUACGGAGGAGACUUUUUCCGUGCCAGACUGGUCAGCAGUGACCGUUCGUUACAGGCCAGUAGUGCCGGUCACGUCACUGACCACUGUAACGGCACCUACACCGUGCAGUUUCCGCUCUACUGGGUAGGGGGCGUUUCGAUAAAGAUCCAGCUUGUCCACCCGAGCGAGGCAGUGGAAGUUCUACGGAGACUGCGAGAAACUCCGAACACGAAAAUUUUCUACUGCACUUUCGACGAUUCAAAAACAAAGGCUUCUGAAAAACGACGCUGCUACAGCUCUACCAACCCCAACCUACCACCCGACCAACUGUGCGAUUUUUCCAAACAAAAGGUGAACGCCACCUGGAUUUGCCAGAAACCGGACAAACUUCCGUGUUCUACCAUCGGACGGUGCAAGUGGGACCCGGACCAGAGCUACAAAAGAGCUGAGGGUCUCGUGUCUAAAAAGGAAAAGAUACUUUUUAAAAAGCCAUAUCUUGAAACAGAACUUGAACUAGACACCAAGGAGCCCAUACGUGUCCUUGAGUCAGAACGAGCGACACCUGAACACCUACCACUGUGUACAGGGAACGCAACUGACUCUCAGGCUUCAUUUGGGUACUGGUCAGGCAAGGUCUGGAAAUCGUCGGCCUGUAAUGUCCGAGUCUUCACUAAGGAGGACAUCCGAAGGUGCCUCGCAAACAAAACCGUGUACAUGGAAGGCGACUCCACCAUCGCGCAGUGGUACGCUCGUCUAGUGGACGUAGUGCUGUUAAAGCACAUUACCACGGCGGACGCAGCUAUAGGUAGGCACAAGCCAUCAAAUGAAAGAGGAGAGGACAACCAGUGGAACAUCUCCCUUAGUUACCGGUUCCACCACUUCCCCAGACAAGGAUCCUAUUGGACUUUCUUUAAUGAAGCGAGGUACACGGCCGACGUGCUUGACGCUUUUCAAGGAGGCCCGAACAUGGUCGUAGUGCUCGGUCUGUGGGCUCACUUUGCGGCAGAGCCACUGGACAUGAUCCGGUCGCGACUGUACGCCAUACGGGGCGCCAUACACCGUCUCCUGCGCAGGGGUCCCGGCACGCGGGUCUUCGUGAGAACUGGAACGACCCGAGAACACGCGAAACAAAAAAUGUCGUUCUACCUGACCGGGAGCGACUGGCUGAAUUACCAGGUUACCGAGGUGAUACGAGAGGUGUUCCGUGCUGAUCCAGACGUGGUUGUGUUGGACACGUGGGACAUGAGCGUGUGUCAAUGGGGUCCAGACAGUAUUCACCCAGAUAAGAAUGUGGUGGGCAGUCAACUAAACAUCAUGCUGUCACAUAUCUGCCCCAAAUAGGUGGCUUGACAAGCCAGUUACAAGAGAAGAAUAUUUUACUAACAGAAGAUGCCAUAAUUUGUACCUUGCAAACUAGCUUGUGAUGUGGGUUUGCGGGCCGAGAAAGCUAUAGGAGACAGAAGGAGAAGGAUGGACCUGGUCCGGGUCACUCGCCCGUUAUGAUGAAUUUGAUGAUGACGAUAUGAUGAAAGAGGAGAAAAGGGGCACUGGGCUCCAUGCCCUGACCAUGUGCCCCUUAUCCUGGAGAGCAGAUACUAUGGCAAGCAUAAAAUUCUGAUUGACCAGGGAUGCUUUUAGGCGACAUGUGGCCACAUUUUUUAGAACAGGCGAAAAUCAGGAUGUCAUCAAUAGAAUUAAGUCAGUGUGGCCUAAGGUACUGACAGAUAAUUUCCAAGCAGAUGUUUGGAGGCAAAGUUGUUGUACGAUUUUCCAGCUCCAUCUGUUGGGUCGGAAGUUUGUAACAGGAAUGGGAGCCAGAAAAAACGUAACAGCUCUGCCUCCAAACAUCUGCUUGGAGAUUAACAAGACAGAAUGUAUCUUGUGC